GUUCACUCCUCAUGACCGGCUAGCCUAAGGACGCAAACAUUUACGAGCAAUCAGCAUCCUUCUCUAUCAACAUCAGCACAUCGGCAAAUAAGGUUGGCUAUUUCGUAUAGCUAACUGGAACCUUGUGAAAUAUGGCCUCGUCAAAAGGCAUCGUGCUUGCGUUCGACCUCUACGGCACACUGCUAUCUACCGAAUCCAUUGCACACAAGUUGGCCCAGCAUUUUGGCCCUGAAGAGGGAAAGUCCAUCGCAGCUCUCUGGAGACGGUAUCAGCUCGAAUACACUUGGAGGCUAAAUAGCAUGGGGCAGUAUAAACCAUUCUCAGAAGUGACCCGAAACUCAUUGCGGCAUGCGCUAGCUGAGCAUCAAGUCGAUCUUGACCAGGACUCCACAGAAGAGCUUAUGGACAGCUACGAUUCACUAUCUGUCUUUCCAGACACCAUACCAUGUCUAGCGAGCCUGGUGGAUGACCGGAAGUUGAUCCCAGUCGUGUUUUCCAACGGAACAGCCUCUAUGAUCUCAAAUUCAGUCGCACGAUCCAAGGAAUUGGCACCGUACGCCGGCAUGUUCCGCAAUAUCGUGUCCGUCGAUCCCACCAAGAAAUUCAAACCGGCGCCAGAGACGUAUCGGCAUUUAGCUGAUAGCAUUGGCAAGGAAAUAUCGCAAAUGAACGAAAUGUGGCUUAUUAGCGGCAAUCCUUUCGACGUAAUGGGCGCGAUUAAUGUAGGAAUGAAGGCUGCAUGGGUUGACCGGGCAGGGUUGGGAUGGAUUGAUUCGAUGAACGGAGAAGCAAGGCCAUCCGUUGUAGCCGGAGACCUCGUCACAGCGGUAUUGGAUAUUAGGAAUCAUGAAUUUUAGUGAAAACGUAAAACAGAAACCUCUGCUGACAAUGUAAAAUUUGGUUGCAAACAGUGUCUUUCGAUUAUUUUUUAGUCACAAAUAACAAGUAAAAAGAGGAAUGUAUCGCUGCAAAUAUUUCCAAAUUGCUCCAUGGUGCAAGGUUGAACAUUCGGGGUAAGUAACCAGCGGUCUCCAUUAUCUUCCCUCCAAUUUCCCCUCCGCCAAUCCAUUUAGAAGGAAGGAAGAGUGAAUAUGAAGGGGUGAGUUUUAUGUUGGAGAGAGAGAGAAAAAAGGAAACGGAAUUUCCUUGCGCUGAAAUUUCAGGAA